CAUACAACAUGCUUACCUCGCUGUGUAGAGUCGUCAAGCAGUCCAACAUGCUUCUCACGAAAGAUGAUGGCCCGACAUGCACCGGAUGGAGAUGAGAUGAGCUUCACGCCACUCCGGCCGAAGCGGUGGCUAGCGCCAACGACCCCUGGCAGAAGGGCCUCACCGCCCGCGAUUCUAGUUCGCAGGACGAGGGUUUAAGAUCGCGAGUCGCCACCGACGGGCCAUUGACGCCUCUGCCAGCCUCGUAGUGUGUGCUUUUCCGACUCUGUAGCGCCUGCAACCCUCGUUCACGUCCAUCCACGACAUCCCGGGUUCUUCAACAGGCCCAAUUCGCCGCCAAGAUGCUCACAAUCUUCUCCACCAAAAUCACCACCCUGCCCCCGGGCGUCACCACGUCGUCGCACUCCCGAGCCCGCGGCGCCUCGACCUCCUCCAUCCCCCACACAGACUACAUACCAGAGGUGGACUCGCGCGAGGAGAGGCGGCGCGUGCACCAUGAGGCAGACAUUGUCAUUGUGGGCGCCGGCAUCGUGGGAUGUGCAGCGGCGGUGGCGUUCGGGCGGCAGGGACGCAGCGUGAUCCUGCUCGAGAAGAGCCUCAAGGAGCCGGACCGCAUUGUGGGCGAGCUGCUGCAGCCGGGCGGCGUCGAGGCCCUGGAGAAACUGGGCCUGAGGGACUGCCUCGAGGGCAUCGAUGCCAUCCCGUGCUACGGCUACCAGGUCUCGUACAACCGCGAGCCCGUGCAAAUCGCCUACCCCGCGAGCCUCGUUGCCUCCAAGAAGCAGCCAGAGGGCCGGUCCUUCCACCACGGCCGCUUCAUCACCAAACUGCGCGCCGCAGCCAUGGCCGCUCCAAACGUCACCGUCGUCGAGACCACCGUCACCGAUAUGGUGAAGAAUGAAUGGACCAACCAGGUCUUGGGUGUUGAAUGCCACACGGCCGGCGAGAAGGACUACUACUUCGGCGCCAUCACCCUCGUCGCCGACGGCUACGCCUCCAAGUUCAGGAAAAACCACCUCCCCCACACACCCCAAGUCCGCAGCAAGUUCUGGGGCCUGGAGAUGAUCGACGCCGAACUGCCCAUGCCCCAACACGGCCAUGUCAUCCUCACCGACGCACCCCCUAUCCUCAUCUACCAGAUCGGCACACACGAGACGCGCAUCCUCGUCGACAUACCCGAGAACCUGCCCUCUGCGAGCGUAAAAGCCGGCGGAGUAAAGAACCACAUGCUCAACGUCGCCCUCCCCAACCUCCCCGAAUGCGUCCAGCCCGCCUUCCGCCGCGCCGUCGAAUCCGGCAAACUCCGCUCAAUGCCCAACUCCUUCCUGCCGCCCGCGGUGCAGAAAACCGCCGGCCUGAUCAUGCUCGGCGACGCAAUGAACAUGCGCCACCCCCUCACCGGCGGCGGCAUGACCGUCGCCUUCAACGACGUCGUCACCCUCUCCACCCUCCUCUCCCCGCAAAACGUCCCCAGCUUCGAGGACACGCCCGCCGUCGUCGCCGCAAUGUCGCGCUUCCACUGGGCCCGCAAGAGCGGCAGCUCCGUCAUCAACAUCCUCGCCAUGGCGCUGUACUCGCUCUUCGCCGCAAACAACCCCCACCUCACCGCCCUCAAAAACGGCUGUUUCCGCUACUUCCAACGUGGUGGCCGCUGUGUCGAUGAGCCUUGUGGUAUGCUCUCUGGCCUCAUUCAGAACCCCUGGUUGCUUGUCUAUCACUUUUUCAGCGUCGCGUUUUAUGCUGUGGCGUGUAGGCUUAGGGAGGUGCCUGUGUGGAAGGUGCCGUAUGUGUUGACGGUGGAGAUGUGUGCUAUUGUUUGGACGGCUGCCGCGGUUAUUGGGCCGUAUCUUGUUGCUGAGGUUAGGAGUUGAGUGGUGUUCUUCUGUUGUUAUGCAUGUUUAUGGGUCGGCGUGUUAUGGUUUGGCGUUUGGUUUGGUCUGGUGGCUUGUUGUUGUAGAUGGUGUAUUUUAAACUGGGUUGGGAUGAGUGAGACGCGAUGCGAUGCGACGCGACGCGACGAGUUUACAUAGAUAGAUGAGAUGGGAUGGGAUGAGAUGGU